AUGAAGAAUGGAUCGGGGAUUGACAAUUCCUUCAGCAAUGAAGAAUUCCACUUAAGUGAUGGGAGCCACAGCCGGCUAAACACUGCAUCCUCAGGUAGUGCUGAUACUGUUGUUAACGACAAACCGCCGACUCAAAAUUUAGGACUAUCCUUCUCCGAUACCAAUCUAUCUAAUCCCCCAAAAUCUGCCUCUACUGAAUCAAUUUUAUCUCAGUCAAUCCUGAGCGAACCAUCACGCUUUUUCAGAUGGGUUAAUAAAAUCUCUCUGACCCUUCAUUUAGGAACAAAGAAUUCCUCAGCUUCAACUGCUGAAAGUAAUUUAGCAGUUGAUUCUUAUAAUGAACCAGUGGGCGACCCAGCGUUUAUACCUGUCCUUAAACAGAUUGGAGGUUUUGAUGAAAUCAGGGAUAACCUAGUCAUAACAGAUCCCAAUUUUGAUGUUAAAGAUUAUGAUGUGAAGUUUAUGUACCUUCUCAGGAAGUAUCUUUUAGACGGCCCUGAUUGUGGUUUCGUUUUUAAGAAUGAAAAGCAUAUGCCUGAUGGACCAAGAGUUGCAUCAGCAAAGGCUCAUGCUGUUCUAUCAGAGAAGUUGAUGGCUUCUAAGCCAAAUUCGACUUCUCCUGACUUCGGAAGCUCUCAGGCAUCUGUCCAUGAAGAUUCUCCCAUCGAGAAAAAUGAAGAAAGCGUCAAAUCAGUACUGGGUCAGCAGGACCUUAAGUCUUCAAAUCACUCUGUUCAGAUUCAAGGAACAAACGAUCGUUUACGGGCUGUAUCUCAGCUAGAGGUUAUAUGCGAAGAAACCGCAGCUUCGGUGGAGAGAGCUGACGGCUCUAGCCUUUUCUUGGCCGAUUCUGAAACUCCGCAUUAUCAUUUAGGAAAUGAAUCGAAACGUAAAGAGAUUCUUGAUUUGUAUACAGAGCUAGCAAAAAACAAUGAUUUAGUUGCUGGACACACUUUAAAAGAUACUUAUUUCUUCGUAUUUACAGAGGAUAGUCUUCUUCCUUUAGAAAGGUUUGAAUAUACUCCUAAAGAACUUGCUUUGUUUAAUAUUCAACAAAAGGCUCAUCGUUGGACAUUUCGAAAAACCCAGGAAGAGCGAUUAAUUCAGUGGGAGCAGUUGCCUUUUAAGGUUGAAGAUCUUCAACAUAUUCCUUUUAUAGUUGAAGACAAUACAUUUGAACAAGAUAAAACAGAGAGGCCUUAUUCAAUUCGAGAACUCGCUUACAUGGAAACCCGUUUUAUCGCUUUAAUCUUCCCGAACGAUUUGCAGAAAAGGAACUUUGAGUUUCAUCGUACACUAGCAAGGGCGAGAGAUUUCCAAACGCCCAAGGCCAGGGAAGAUGAAAUUGCUUAUGAAACGGAGUUGAAGCAAAAUCCCUCUAAAUUUCUAUAUGAACUGGAUCUUAUGGAAAGUCUACCUGCGAAUCAAAGGCGUGCUCUGUGGGCAGAGCUUGCUGACUUUUCAUCAAAGCAAGAAACUGAUCCCUUGUUGUCUUUAUGGAAACGGCAAGUAAUCAAUUGUCGAAUUGGACACCCCAAACUCCAUACUGUUCCUAUUUCGGCCUUUUUCUGCGUUAAAAAUCAGCCACGUUUAAUUGGAGUGAGAACAGCCAGUGCAACUUCUUUUUUCCACAUUGAUAGAGAUUAUACAACUUACGAUUUAAGAACGCAAACAUUUUUGAGAACCGCACCAUCCCGGUCUGCUCAAAAUUGGCUUCUUGUUAUUCACCAUUUGGAGUUUCUUGGCAGGUCGUUCCCUCAUCUGAUUCAUCUUGACAAGUACUAUGGUUUUCUUGACUAUCAAAUGGAUUAUUUUAGAACUUACACGGAAAACAAUUUGGAACAACCGGUCAAAAGUACUUCAAAUCUCCAAGAAAUGUUAAUGCAGCAAGUUUAA